AAUAAAUAACACUCUCCAUUGCUUCACUUACUCCUCCAUAGGACAAUACCAGAAAGUUCUAUCUCAUCGGACGUACAUCCUUUUUCUCUCUUCUCCCCUCCCCCCCUUAAAACGUGAGCCGAUUAGCUAACCUGCGCCAUGAGCUUACUUGACAAGCUCUGGGAUGACACCGUUGCCGGUCCCCGGCCAGAUAGUGGCCUCGGGAAACUCCGGAAGUAUUCUACCUUUAGUCCUCGUUCAAAUUCCGGCAAGGAAUCAGAAGUUUCGACACCGAGAUCCUUCACUGAAGAAGCAAGUGAGGACGGGAUGAAGGUGACGAGAAGUAUCAUGAUAGUAAAGCCUUCAGGGAGUCAGAAUAGAGAUUCACCUCCCGUUUCUCCCGCCGGUACUACUCCUCCGGUAUCUCCUUUUGCCGGUUCAGCUGGAAAAGAAGCAUUUCGGUUCCGCCGGCGAUCAGCGUCAUUUGCGUACGAGAAUGCCAGUGGGGUUGGACCCAGAAGCCCUCGUCCUCCUUACGACCUGUGAGAUAUAGUCGGGUUUUCCUUUUUUUUUUGUUACCCCUCUCGAGGCGGCUGAAUGUAGCUAGUCAACAUCCUCUACGUGUUCCUGGUUGAGAAUGUUGUUUUGUGUGGACUUGUGGCUAGUGGUGUGGAGUGUGCUUAAAAUUUUGUAAAUAGUGUUAGUAGUUCUUCAUCUUGCGGAUGUUGUGACGAAGGUCUAGCAUAAGAUGUAAGCGUCUGAGUAUUCGUCAUGUAUUCUGCCUUGUAUCUCGAGGUUUCCUUUAAUGUUACUUUGUUUUCCCUGUAUUAAUGUUUAAUAGUUUGACCUUUCGCUUCA